AUGCAUCGCACAUACUCCAUGCGCCAGACACGGGCGCCUACCGCCUCCCAACUACAGAACCCUCCUCCGCCUACUUCCUCAACCAAGUCUGGCCGCCUGUUUCGUGGUGGCUUUGGCCAUGCCCUCCGCCACAGGUCUGCAGGCGCUUUCGGGCCAGACCUCGCCAAGAAGUUGUCACAGUUGGUAAAGAUGGAGAAGAAUGUCAUGCGCAGUCUCGAACAAGUAGCCAGAGAGCGUAUGGAGGUCGCUCAACAACUUUCAAUCUGGGGCGAAGCCUGUGACGAGGAUGUUUCCGAUGUCACCGACAAGCUUGGCGUUUUGCUUUACGAGAUCGGCGAACUUGAAGACCAAUACGUCGACCGAUAUGAUCAGUACCGUGUGACGAUCAAGAGUAUCCGCAACAUUGAGGCUUCGGUGCAGCCAAGCCGAGACCGUAAACAAAAGAUCACCGACCAGAUUGCCCAGCUUAAGUACAAGGAACCCAAUUCCCCCAAGAUUGUUGUUCUCGAACAGGAACUGGUUCGCGCUGAAGCCGAGUCACUGGUUGCGGAAGCCCAGCUGUCCAACAUCACGCGCGAAAAGAUCAAGGCUGCGUACACCUACCAAUUCGAUGCUUUGAGAGAACACUGUGAGAAGGUCGCCAUCAUUGCCGGGUACGGGAAGCAUCUUCUCGAGCUCAUUGAUGACACGCCCGUCACUCCUGGCGAAACCCGUGCAGCCUAUGAUGGUUAUGAAGCCAGCAAAGCCAUCAUCCAGGACUGCGAAGAUGCUCUUACCAACUGGGUCACGUCUCAGGCCGCCGUCUCAUCUAAGCUGUCGACCCGUGCACGCACCCUGUCAAUGCGCCGUAGGAACAAUAUUAGGACGCGUGUUGAGGGAGGCCACGACCUCUCUGGACAGGAUGUGCCGUUGAACGACGACUCCUCGUGGACCCGAGCACACAACAAGGAGACAGAGUACACGGAUGAGGAAGAGGAAGAAGAUGACAUCCACCACUCCGCAACCGGUACGGACGAUGGAUUGAACGGUGAAACCAGAGGCCGUCAACACGAGAACAUUGUUGCAUAA